UUUAGUAGCAGUAAAAAUUAUCAUGAAAAUUUAUAAGAACUGAAUAAACGCAAAGGGAACGUUCUUAAACGAGAAUAUAUGGACAUUACAUUCAGAAAUAUUGGAGUACCAUUUUCUAAAAUAAUGUUUACUUCUAGUAUACGUUCUGAAUGUUGCCAAGAUAAAACAUUGUUCAUGAUUUUGAUUAAAUUUGAUGUUGCAUAUCUGAAGUUGUAAAUGAUUGCAAUUUGCAAAUAUUCAUUUAUCAAAUAUAAAUAUUGUGCAUUUUUAUUUUGAAUAUAAAAUAAAAUGAUUAAUUCGUCGGAUGCCGUGGAGUUCACACCUAUUGGCCGAAAUAGAAUUCUGAAUCAUCCUGAAAAUCGUAUGAAAAGAGAUGCGAAAAUUGAUAAAAAUAUCCACAUUCAAGCAGUGUCAAAUGAAUUUCUGGAUAUCGAUAUCGAAAAAUCUAACGAUUUUUGGAGCCUUCGUGUUAAUAAAGAAAAUCAGGAAGAAGAAUUAUAUUGUUACCAUAACUUAGCUAUUUACAGUAAAGGAAAACAAGAUGGAAUUAGUUCGCAAACUUCUUUUUGUUGCGAGUCUAAAAUAACGCAUGCUUUAUGGUGUACAUUUUACGUGGAAGAUAAAUAUAAAUCAUCGAAAACAAUUUCAAAUAAUCUGGAAAAGAUUGACACAACUUCAGUUGAUUGUAUUUGUUUAUUUGAUACGUAUACUAUGAACGUUCAUACCGAAAACGGGGAAAAUUACGUAUCUAGUCUACCAUUUAAGGUAUGUGCAGUUUGGCCAACGAAAUAUGGAAUUUUAGUCGAAAAAGCAGUUACAGCUCCGUUACAGCAAGGACUUUCCACCAUGGACACGACAAAACACGUACCAGAAUCAGAUGAUAGCGAUUUACCAAUCAUGCAUUCUUUGUCUCAUCCUUUAGAUGACACUCGUCCAGUUUUAAUAAAACAUGGAAAUUCUACAUAUUUAUGGCAACAUCACUUAAAAAUCAUUUUUACUAGCUUGGAGCCAUCUUUUGCAUUUGUCUAUGACACUAGGACUGGUUCACAUUCAAUUUAUAAAAUCCGAAAAAUUACGAAAGAAGAAGAACUUUUAUUUCCUCAUCAAUCGGAGAACAUAUCUACUAAUAUCUCUACUAUUCCAUCUUUUUACAUCACGGAAACUACCUUCGGAAUGAAGAAGACUAAAAGAACAGCAAGUAGUCCAUUCUAUUCACGAACAUCGCAUACAACUAAUUGUUCUGCUAAUGUAUCUUUUUCAUCACAACAUUUAUCAAGAUCACAUAGUCCAAUGGCUACUAUUUCAAGAUGUCAAUCUCCGACGAAUCCUAUGUUUUCUGGAAUGAAUAAUUCAUCUAUUGCCUGCUAUCCUAUGUAUAGUAAAACACAUCAAGCAAUACUAGCUACUUCAUCAGGACCAUCAGAACAUAGUGAUAUUAUAUUAGAUGGAAGAAACAAUCAAUAUUCAGAUUACAUGUUGACAGCAACUAUUAAACCUGAAUUGUGUUUGGAGCAUGUUUGGACAGAGAAUCCUCGGACUUUCAAGGAUGGUGAUUUUGAACGAGCAUCUAAAGUAUUCCUCACAACAGAUUUACUUGGACAAGUCUAUUUCUGUUAUCUAAUUAGAAAUCAAUCUCGUCUUUUUUUAGCAAGAAUAGAAAAAUCUAAUGAUCCUAAUCAAAUUAUUUUAGGGAUGCUUUAUUCAGUAACAGCUAAAGAUGCAAUCAGUUUACAGGAACUGAAGAUGAUCGUAGUCAUAGAAACCAAUAAUAAUAUAUCACUAUUUUCUGGUAUGUCAUUAGUUGGUAAAUUGCAUAUUCCUAGUAAUACUCACAAUAUUAUAGGAAAUACUUCUCUCAGUUCAAAUCUGUACAGUCAAAUAUUACAAUCACCGUAUCCAAGAAGAAGUUCGCUUAUUUCACCAACGAAGUCAUCAACUCCUGAACUAAGAUUUGACGAAGGAGUUCAUUUAUUGAGUCCUGUUCAAGGAACUUGUAGUCAUAACGUCAUAGAUUAUUCCUUCUACGAUGGAAGUAAUGUUAUCUUAAAAAAUACUAUUUUAAAUAAAAUAAUAAUAGAAUGUGGAAGUUGUAAAUAUUUUAAAAUAUCAUUACCGAUCUUCAAAGCGUCGCCUUUAGUUUCAAAAUGUCUUCAAACGCUUCAAAGUAUUUUGCCACGAGAAAUUGCAAUGCAGUUACUGAUCAAAUGGUAUGUGGCUAGAAAUGCUCCGGGACCUGAAGAUUUAACGUUAAAUCAAGAAUGGCACUUAUUUUUAGUCAUUUUCUUUACACUUUUUGGUUACGAUGUUAGUAAACUGUACGCGACUAAAAGUAAUGAUUCAGAACAAGUAUAUGAAUAUUAUAACAGCCCUAAUAUUGUUUCUAAAAAACAAAAGACUAUCAAGAAUGGAACGGUAAGCGAUUGGUUAUAUAUGAUCAUGUCCGAUUGUACCAACUACGUAGAUCUUUAUAUCAACGAUGUACUUGGUUUAAAAAGAAUAAACACUGAAGAUACAGUUCAUAAGAUUGUUCCCGAAGAUUCUGAAAAUAUGAAAAUUAUUAAUAACAUUGAAUCUACUUAUACAUCCCACUUACCAAUCAUAUUAUUUUCACUACACCUUUUAUAUGAAGAAAUGAAAAUGCAUUGUAAUAUGUCAGAAAACAUCGUCUCAUUAGCAAAACUGCUACAUCAAAUAAGUGGUGAUUUAAAAUUGAGCAUGUAUCAGCAACGUUACGUAAAUGAUUUUCCCGUUCUAUAUCAUACUGAUAUAGAAUUUCAAUUCAAUAAACUUGAUUUAGAUAAAAUUAUUAUUCCAAAUUUUAUAAGUUCAAAUGUUCCAAAUAUUUUCGAAGCUUUAUAUAGUUUUCUAACUUAUUCCUUUAAAGCGAGUUAUCCUUACUUAGAUGGAGUUAAUACAAAAAGCAGAAAUAUAAUUAUUCUAUUAAGUCUGUUUAGUGAACAAGAUGCUGAGUGCAUUUUGGAAUUAGACCACUACUUCAAAAAAAUUAAUAGUGAAACGAAAAGCAAGACAGCCUGUGUAUCAUUCAUCAAUGAUAAAAAUAGAAAAAUAGAAGAUAUUACUCGUCAGUGUUAUGAUUUAGGUUUUAAUAAAAAAGAACUAGACAACUCACCUUUUGGAUUAAAUUUCGUUAUAAGGAGUAUUAUUUAUCAGUGUAGAGAACGUCCUCCCACGAAUUGGCCAUAUUUGAUUUACGAUUUAAUUGAUCGUCAAGACCUUGCAGCAUUAAUAAAAGAAAAAUCAAGCUAUUAUCCAGAUCAUAUUCAGAAUAUUAAAAAAAUAAUAAACCACAAUUUGGAUAGAAGUGACGCUAAGGAUGGUAUGAAUUUUGAUUACACUAUUCUACGAUUAAGAUUUAAUACAGAUCAUAGAGUUCGAGAAAUACGUAAAUUACUGGAUUCUUCUGAACCAAUGAUUAUUUCAAUUGUUCAAAGACCUGAUGUUAGCGAUCACGAAUUCAUCGAAGAGCAAGAAAAAUUUUUACAUGCAUUAUGUACAAGGACUAUGGCUCUGCCAAUUGGUAGAGGAAUGUUCACUUUACGAACUUCUAUGCCCAUAAAUACUGAACAAUUACCUAUUCCAAGAUUAUGUUUAACAGGUAAAGCACCACCACGUGGAACAACUGUAGAACUGACUCAUAUUGAUGUUCCGCCUAAUAUGAAUUUGUGGCCUCUAUUUCAUAACGGCGUUGCUACAGGAUUAUGUAUUCAUCCUUCUGCUUUAAAUGUUGAUUCUACCUGGAUUGUUUAUAAUAAACAGCAUCAAAGUGAAUUAGGCAUAGAGCAUUCUGGCUUCCUUAUGGCUUUGGGAUUAAAUGGACAUCUUAAAAAUCUUGCUCCAUUUAGUAUGUACGAAUAUUUAGUUGAGUGUCAUGAAACAACUAGUGUUGGCUUAUUGCUAGGUUUAUCGGCUACAUAUAGGUCAUCGAUGGAUGUUUCAAUGACAAAAUUGCUAUCGCUGCAUGUUGAAACUUUAUUACCGCCCACUAGUAUCGAAUUAAAUGUACAACAAAACGUUCAAGUUGCUGCUUUGAUGGGUGUUGGGUUAGUUUAUCAAAAAACAAGUCAUCGUCAUAUUGCAUAUGCAUUACUAUCUGAAAUAGGACGACCACCUGGACCAGAAAUGAAAAAUUGCGUCGAUCGAGAAUCAUAUUCCUUAACAGCUGGUUUAGCUCUAGGAUUAGUUGUGUUAUGUUCAGGAGGAGGAUCUGAUUUAGCGGGUAUUCCUGAUACACUUCACUACUACAUGAUCGGAGGCAAUACUAGACCAUUUGGCGGAGCUCAAAAAGAUAAAUAUAAAUCGCCUAGUUAUCAAAUAAAAGAAGGCGAUUCAAUUAACGUGGAUAUAACAAGUCCAGGAGCUACAUUAGCAUUAGGUUUGAUGUAUCUUCAAACUGGUAAUCGCCCUGUUGCAGAUUGGAUGACAGCUCCAGAUACGAAUUAUUUAUUGGAUUUUGUGCGACCUGAUUUUCUUCUUCUUCGAAUACUUGCAAAAUCUUUAAUUCUUUGGAAUGAAAUAGAACCUUCUAAAACUUGGGUAUCGAGUCAUGUCCCGGAUAUUGUAGCAAAAUAUAAAUUGCAGAAGCCAUCAUCAAACCAAGAAGAGCAAAUCGAUUGGGAAACUAUCAAUCAAGCAUAUUGCAACAUUAUAGCUGGCGGAUGUAUGGCUCUUGGAAUAAGAUUUGCUGGAACUGAAAAUAUGAUUGCAUUUAAAACUUUAUACCAUUUUUUGAAGAUGUUUAUGACUUUGACUCAAAAAUCUAUGGCUGACUUACUAGGAAGAGCUACAAUUGAGAGUUGUUUGAAUGUAGUGCUGUUGUCAGCAUCUUUAGUGAUGGCUGGAACUGGAAAUUUAGAGCUUAUAAGGGUGUGCAGACAUAUUCGCGAACGAGUUGGACCAACAAAUAGCGUUGUUACGUAUGGAUCUCAUGUUGCAACUCAUAUGGCCCUAGGAUUUCUCGUUUUAGGCGGUGGAGCUUAUACACUAUCAAAUGAUCCAACUUCUGUAGCAGCACUGAUUAUAUCAUUAUUUCCUAAGUUUCCUAUACAUAGUAAUGAUAAUCGGUACCAUCUACAAGCACUAAGACACUUUUAUGUCUUAGCUACGCAACCUAGAUUACUGUUACCAAAAGAUAUUGAUACGAAACAGUUUUGUUAUGUAAAUGUGCGAUUGACUUUUGAAUCAAUAUCUCAAAAGGAAGGACAGAAGAUUAUUUUAAAAGCACCUUGUCUUCUACCUCAAUUAGAUCGGUUGAAUAAAAUUGAAGUCGACGACGAUAGAUAUUGGAGGAUAAUUUUUGAAAAAGGACGUAAUUUCGACCAGCUCACAAAGAUUCUUGAAGACAAUUGUGUUUUAGAUGUUAAACAAAGAGCUGGAUGUCUAUCCCGCGUAGAAGAUCCACAAGGUUUCCGGACUUUAUUAGCUCAAACCUUAACUACAGAUGAUGUUAUUGUAUGGACAGCUUCGUUGAAACAAAUUACAUCUUUUACUACAGAUUCAAUCAUGCUUUACUUUGUUGAUAGUUUUUUAAAAAAGCAUGAUUCGAAUGACUUUAUGCAGUAUGAUAGGUGUUGUAAAAAUAUAAAGCAUAAAAAAUUAAGUGCAUUUUGUAUUAAUAAAUUCAAUAAGUUUACAAUUGAAAAAUUAGAAUUUGACAGUCAGCUUUAUCAAAUUCGACAAGACAUGUCAUACAUCGAAAACCGAUAUCUGCAAAAUUUGAUAAUAAUUGCUUACGAAUGUGUUAUCAGAGAUAAAAUUAGUUUACUACCAUUAUGGUUUGACAUAUACAAAUCAGCUAUUUCACUAAAAGUGAAGGCAAAUCCAUCUCUAAUUUGGCAAAUCAAGUUUUUAUGUUUGCCUAGUUUGUAUAAAGAUUAUUGUUCAGAUCUAGAAAGAUUAAUUAACAUAGAAAAUAUUUUAGCAAACAAACAGCAAAUAUCUCUACAAAUGGAUUCAUGGGAAUCAGAUCUUUCUGAGUGUCUGUCUCAAUGGGUUGAUUUUGAACAUUCCAAGAUUUCAAUCCAAAAUAUUGAAAGAAUCAUCGGUUAUAAAAUAAAUUAUGAUGUCCCUUCAUCACAAUGUACGAUAAUUAAGCGACUAGAAUACCCAAUUGAUGGUCCAACGAUGUCAUGUUUAAAGGUUUAUGGAACGUUAAAAUACAACUCAUUUUUCAAAUUUGGAUAAAAAUGCUAAUAAAUGCUUCAAUCAAAAUUUUGUAAAAAUUUUAAUUAAA